GCCCACUGCAAUCGAGAUCGUGAAAUUUUGAAGUAUGGAUGGAAUGAAAACUGUGAAAUCCUAUUGAUGUGUGAUCUUAAACCUGUGAUGUAUGCAAUUAUGUACAUUAACAGGAAGUAUUUUCAAUUACUUUAACAUUUUUGAAAAUAUCUUGACAGUGUAUUUAAACUUUAUUAUUUGUUAUUCGACCGUCUACAGUUUGUGUUACUUCAGUUUUCUUUUUACACUGAGAUAAUUUUUAAUGGUGGUGUGAUACUUCGUUGAUCUGUACAUCUAACAAGUGAGAUCUAAUUUUCUACGUUCUAAAUCUACUAGUGGUAGAAAAAUCAAUUAAUUCAUUGGCAUUGAUAGAUCUUUUACUUUUUCGACGUUUUAUAUUGAACAUAUGUUAUGUACAGUUUACUCACAAUGCCUCUCUUUGGAAAGUCUCAAAAAAGUCCUGCUGAGGUGGUUAAAGCAUUAAAAGAAGCAGUAAACUGUUUGGAGAGAGGUGACAAGAAAGCAGACAAGGCCCAGGAAGAUGUGAGUAAAAAUCUAUUACUAAUAAAGAACAUGCUGUACGGCACUUCAGACGCGGAGCCUCAGACCGACAUUAUAGUUGCUCAGCUGGCUCAGGAGCUCUACAACAGUAACCUCUUGCUUCACCUAAUUCACAACUUGAAUCGGAUCGACUUUGAAGGGAAGAAAGAUGUGGCUCAGGUUUUCAAUAAUAUAUUAAGACGACAGAUCGGUACUCGCUCACCCACUGUGGAAUACAUUUGCACCAAACCUGAGAUUCUCUUCACACUCAUGAAUGGAUACGAGCACCAAGACAUAGCACUGAACUGCGGUACAAUGCUAAGAGAGUGUGCCAGGUACGAAGCAUUGGCGAAAAUAAUGCUGCACUCUGAAGAUUUUUUCAACUUCUUUCGUUACGUUGAAGUUUCAACUUUUGACAUAGCGUCUGACGCUUUUUCUACCUUCAAGGAACUUUUGACACGUCAUAAACUAUUAUGUGCCGAAUUUCUGGAACUGAACUACGAUAAGGUAUUCACGCACUACCAGCGCCUUCUCAACUCUGAGAACUACGUCACCCGGCGUCAGAGUUUGAAGCUGCUCGGCGAACUGCUAUUAGAUAGACACAACUUCACCGUAAUGACUCGUUACAUCUCGAAUCCCGACAAUCUGAAACUGAUGAUGAAUAUGUUGAAAGAGAAGUCGAGAAAUAUACAAUUCGAAGCCUUCCAUGUAUUUAAGGUGUUCGUGGCGAACCCGAACAAACCGAAGCCUAUUCUGGAGAUCCUGCUGCGCAACCAGGACAAGCUGGUCGAGUUCCUGACCAAGUUCCACACGGACCGGUCCGAGGACGAGCAGUUCAACGACGAGAAGGCCUACCUCAUCAAGCAGAUAAAGGAGCUCAAGCCCCUCCCCUCGCCGCCCGACCACUAGCCCCGCCCUCCACCCCUGCAACAGGACACUAUGGAGGGAUGAAACGUAGUUCAAUUCUUAAUAUAAAUUAAGCUGUACAGUAUUUUAUUGAAGUAAUAAUAUAAAUAUCUAUGAGUUGUAUUCAUAAACAUCAGAAUGCUAUUACUGUAAAAAAUUCCCGUUUCUCAAUAUAUUUUCUCAGCGCAGACAUCUAUUGCCUUCUUAGGAGUGAACUAUGCUCAAAAAUGUAACCCUUAGAUUGUUUUUCUAAAUUAUGUUCUAUUAUUCUUCCAUAUCUUGAGUUUCAUUUUCGAUUUCAAACUUUUUGUCCAUCAAUGUGUGUUUUCGUUACUAUUUAUUCUUGUUUAGACUUCUUCAUCAGUGUUGUAAGUUAUUUAACAGGCUGUUAGAUUAGUAAUUAAAUUUAAUAACCUAAUUAGUGUAAUUUGUUUUACAAUUGAUAUUGUUUCUCAUUCUUAAUCGCCUUCAGAAGUUACAUUUCAAU